AUGGCAGAAAAGGUUUACCAGUCACUAUCCACAUUGUCCACGUGUCUCAAAGUCCAACUCCAAAUCACCGGUGCAGAGCAAGUUCCGUCUUCGUAUAUAGCUACACUCCACCAUCAGCUCAUCUACAAAUUGCAAAAUCGUGCACUUGAUCGCUCUAUUUUGGGCCAUACUCCAGACACAUUGCUUAUCACAGCAGAAAGAGAAAAUGAGAUCCUAACUAUUGUGCAGAUCCCCAAGCAACUCCCUCGAGAUGAGAUCACAAAGCUCAUGCCUCUGGAAUGGUUCACCAACUAUGAAAAGUUACACCAGAACCAUAAGCCUAUCCAUACAGCUGAUCCAAAUUUCAUCAGAUUUCAAGAUGGACAGGUGAAAACCGUCUUCAAACUUCCUGAUGAAAGUUCCAGCACAACUCCGUCCAUGAUGAUCAGACUAGUCACCUCAGAAGAAGAAAUUCAUAUUGCUUACUUUUCAACAGAUGGAUCUAAGAUCUUUACAAACAAGAUCAAUGGUCACUUUGUGUGGGAUACUGAUCCCUCCAUGUGUGAUCUAGACUGUGACUAUUGGAUGGACCUCGAGGAUGAAGAAGAUGAUCGUCCGAGUAGCAGAAGGAGAAAAAAUAAAGGUGUUUGCACACCCCAACCUCAUACGACAAGAAGACAAUAUCAUCCAGAUGACCCGGAUAGUCCCUGGGUUUUCAAGAAAAGCCCUGAGAAUUCAUCCGCUCCAAAGACUGCACCAUGUAUGAUGUUCUCAUCAUAUGAUCAAGACUCCCAGCUCUUGAAAGAUAUAUAG